AUGGAGGACGGGACCUCCCGAGCCGCCCCGUCUCCCCUCCAGCUGUUCGAGUUCAGCAUCCCCGAGAAGCAGUACACGGCCUGGAGCCGCACGGUGCAGAACCGCGGGCUGCACAAGGUCUGGCUGGAGAGGGACUCGCCCAUCACCCACAUCACCUUCAACCCCAAGAACCCCUCGCACAUCCUCCUCCACGACGUCUACAUGUUCUGCGUCCUCGACAAGUCCCUGGUGAGCCCCUGUGCCCGGUCGGGAGGGCUGGCCCCCGCCAGACGACAGACCCCUCAGAGCACCCUGAAGCAGCUCCCGGAGACCGCCCGGCAGCGGCAGCUCCACGCCUUCAAGAUCUGCAAGAAGUUCCAGCCCCUGCUCUUUGCGGAUCUGCUGGACGAGAACUGCCUCGUGAUGGUCGAGCGGCCCAUCAUGGACUUCAAGACCCAGCUGCCCCUGCCCGUCCAACGCAAGAAAUUUGGCACCUGA